AUGAGCGGAAAUAAUCAUGAUUGGGAUCACCAUGGGGUGCAAAACUCCGUUUCUGGCACAGAAAUCUCUGAUGAGUAUAUGUUGGCACGAACAGGUUCGCUUCAGAGUUCAAACGCAAGCCAAUUGGACAUUUCUCACCAGAUAAAGGAAGUUAAUGCUGAUACUGGAAGCGUUGCAAGCACUAUUAAAAGUACUGGCAAGUUACCAGAAGCCGAAUCUACGGGGAUUCACCCAGCCAGUAACAAGUUAAAUGAGGACAUCCACAAAACGUCUUUGGAUAAGAAUGAAGAGCAAGUUUCUACAAGGACUUUGGAUGAUGGUCCCUUCGAGCAUGACACACAAAUCCGACCGUCUUCUCAAGAACAUCCACCAGAACAGGAGCCUCCUCGUUUGGAGAAGAUAAAAAGAAGGGCUUUUGCAUUUGUUUUAAACAAGCGCUUUUGGAUUGUCUUUGUUUUGGGUCAAGUGCUUUCAUUGUGUUUGACCGCUAGUAAUACCUUCAACGGCUUUCUAUCAGAGAUGGGAAAAGUCCCUGCUUUUCAAGUUUUCUUGUUCUAUGCCGCGCUCACUGUCGUAUAUACUCCUUAUACCAUUUAUCGAAUGGGAUUUAAGAAAUACUUUGAAAUGGUACUUCAUCAUGGCUGGAAGUACAUUAUUUUUGCAUUUUUCGACGUAGAGGGGAAUUAUUUUGUAGUUCUCGCUUAUCAAUAUACCAGCGUGAUUAGCGCGAGUCUUUUGGACUCUUGGGCUACGGUUGCAGUCGUCAUUCUUUCAUUUUUAUUCCUUAAGGUACGAUACCACUGGAGUCAGCUGCUCGGUAUUGUGGUCUGUAUCGGUGGCCUUGCCUUGUUGGUUGUCAGUGACUUGAAAAAUUAUGGCAGUAAUACAAAAAGUGCAGUGAACCCUGGUUUAGGAGAUGGUUACAUGAUUCUUGGUGCAACUUGUUAUGGUCUGUCAAAUACCAUUGAGGAAUAUUUUGCUUCCAAAUUGCCUUUGUACGUAGUCGUCGGUCAACUGAGUCUUUAUUCCUCCAUCAUCAGUAUUGUACAGAAUUUUAUUUUCGAUCGCCACGAAUUUUUGCAUUUGCAUUGGACCCGCAGUAUGGGAGGAUAUUUAGCUGGCUUCAUCAUCGUUAUGCUUAUUCUUUAUUCUCUUGCUCCUAUAUGUUUCCGUAUGUCUUCCGCUACCUUUUAUAAUAUUUCAGUGUUGACUUCGGACUUUUGGAGUUUAAUUAUUGGUAUCCAUGUGUUUGGAAACCACGUCUAUUGGCUUUAUCCUAUUGCUUUCGUUAUGAUUAUUAUAGGCCUUUUUCUAUAUCAUAUUUUUAUUGAAACCGCCGAUAAGACAUCAAAGCCUUGGUUGAAGCAAGGAGAAGGUGUGGAUGGUGUCGGUAUGGCUCGUCGACCAUCAUCGUCUCUGUUUUCCACAAAAAGCAAUAUUGACAAGGAUGCCGGCAAGAGCGAGGUUAUUGUUGCUGCCCAUAAUGAUGACGAGUUUUUCAGCCGUAUUGGUGAUUCCUUUAGAUGGAUGAAGCAUUUCUUUACCAAAAAGUAA